AUGAAGCAGAAAUAUCAAGGCACAACGCGAGUGAAACAUGGAAACUUGCAAGCUCUUAGAAAGGAAUUCGAAAUUCUUCACAUGAAAACUGGAGAAACUGUGAAUGAAUAUUUUGCUCGCACUCUUACCAUAGCCAACAAGAUGAAAGCAAAUGGAGAAGAUAAGGGAAGUACUGCUGUUGUUGAAAAGAUUUUAAGAUCCAUGACUCCAAAAUUUGAUUAUGUUGUAUGUUCUAUUGAGGAGUCUAAAGAUAUCGAUACUUUAAGUAUUGAUGAGUUGCAGAGCAGUUUGAUUGUCCAUGAACAACGCAUGAGUUCACAUGUUGAAGAAGAGCAAGCUUUGAAGAUCACUCAUGGAGAUUUCUCAGGAGGAAGAGGUCUUGGUCGUGGAAACUACAGAGGAAGAGGAAAAGGAAGAGGACGCAACAACAGGUCUUUUGAUAAGGCCAUAGUGGAGUGUUACAACUGUCACAAGCUAGGAUAA